AUGUUUCCUAAGUUAUCAUCUUACCUUCGCAGGGGCCGCUCUCCAAAAGAGGGAGAGAAGUUCGAGGACUGGAAAGUCGAGCUGCUCGCUACCGCAAAUGCAAACCUUGCUUUGCAGCUCAAAAGAGCGGAUCAAAAAAUCACAAAUCUCACGGCGAGACUUGCAGAGUCGGAUCUCCUUCUCGCACAUGCUCAGGCGCGUAUGGGAGAUUCUACCUAUACAGCCCUGCAGCAGGAUGAAAACCUCAUGCCUGGUUUCUUAAAGGGUUCGAAGGAAGCCGGUCGCUUCAAGUGGAUCGAUGAUAUCUGGAUCUACACAGGCCAGGAUUAUCUUAGGAAUGCAGAGGAAAUCUGGAGAAAUGGAGAUGCUGAGUCUGCAUGCAGUAUUUUGGAAAGUGCUCUCACGGCCAGCCCGUUUCAAUCGGUCGCUGAAGGACUCCAUUGUCGGGUGUUUCUUGCAGCUAUCCUGCAUGCCAUCGGUAAGUACGAUGAAUCUCUUUCCCAAUUAGAUUUUGUGAUGAAUUUCGCCUCAUCCCGAAAUGAAGUUCAACGCUUUCGAUAUAGGGAUAUAGUGAACACUGCAUACUUCAUUGAGGCUAUGGAUUUCAUGGCACUAGAAAGGUUUGAGAGGGCCUACUGGUCAUUCUCGAGGUCACUGCAACUUCCAGGAUAUGGUGAGAAAGCCCGUGAAUAUCAAAUUAAAGCUAUUGAGGAGUUUACACGACAACAAGCCGCCGAUGAUGGUGCGUCUGACUCUCUAUCUCUUCGGCCUGUGAUCAGUCUGGAUGAGUAUCUGCCGAUUCCAGCUGAUGUAGACGAUGACCCCUGUCAAUACCGAACUUGGUGA